CUCUGCAUCACCGCCACGGUAUACACCCACACAUACACACGUACACACACGCAAGCACGCGCGCUUUAACCCCGCGGACGUCAGGCGGUGCAGAAGAGGCGUUUGAGAGGUCAUCAGCUCGCACACAACCAGAGAAAGUAAAAGAGAAAGGAUGUCUGGGGAUUUGCCGCUCAACAUCAACAUUAAGGAGCCACAAUGGGACCAGAGUACAUUUAUGGGCAGAGCCAAGCAUUUCUUCAUGGUGACUGACCCAAGAAAUGUGCUGCUCUCAAAUCAGGUUCUGGAAGGUGCACGAGACAUUGUGGAGGAUUACAGGAAGGGAAUUGUGCAACCAGGCCUGACGGAGGAUCAGCUAUGGCGGGCCAAAUACAUCUAUGACUCUGCCUUCCAUCCUGAUACGGGUGAGAAGAUGCUGCUGAUUGGUCGCAUGUCUGCACAAGUGCCAAUGAACAUGACCAUCACAGGCUGCAUGCUCACAUUUUAUAGGACAACUCCAGCAGUUGUGUUCUGGCAGUGGGUCAACCAGUCCUUCAAUGCCAUCGUCAACUACACUAACCGCAGUGGAGAUGCACCGAUCAGUGUAAAUCAGCUUGGUGCAGCCUACGUCAGUGCCACAACUGGAGCUGUAGUCACUGCUCUUGGUCUCAAGUCCCUAACCAAGCACCUGCCAGCUAUAAUCGGACGGUUUGUUCCAUUUGCUGCAGUGGCAGCAGCAAACUGCAUCAACAUUCCUUUCAUGAGACAACGGGAACUGAAGUACGGCAUUCCUGUCACUGAUGAGGAGGGUAAUCGCCUGGGAGAGUCCGUCAGUGCUGCUCAGCAGGCCAUUGUACAGGUGGUGGUGUCCCGAAUCGGCAUGGCAGUGCCAGCUAUGGCUAUUCCUCCGGUUAUCAUGAAUGCCUUGGAGAAAAAAGCGUUUAUGAAGCGCUUCCCAGUGCUCAAUGCGCCAGUACAGGUUGGCCUUGUGGGAUUAUGCCUGGUGUUUGCUACUCCGUUGUGCUGCGCCUUGUUCCCACAGAAGAGCUCUAUGAGGGUGAGCAGUCUGGAGCCUGAGCUGCAGGAGAGUAUACGACAGAGCAGUCCAAACACAACUUUGGUUUAUUUUAACAAGGGCUUGUAGGGAACCUUUUCUUCCAUUCCAAACUGCUGCCUGUAUCUUGCUAAAUGGAGUUCUGUGGACACAACUUGACGAGUAAAAUUUUAUUUUCUGUU